AUGAAACUGUCACUGGCGAUCCUGUCUCUUGCUGCCAUGGGACUUGCUCUUCCCAUCCAACAGGCAGCUACUAAGGAGAAUAACCGCCAGGGGUUAGGUACUGCUAUCAAAAUAGGCGGCGGUAUUGCCAAAGGCCUCUUCGGCGCCUUCGCUAAAUAG